AUGCCAGCAACCUACAGCACAACCAGACUCAACAACCUCGACUGUCAGAUGAGACAUUACGCGGGAGCCUACAAUCGUGACACGAUCAGAAUGAUUGCACAACGGCUCAGUGACGAUCUCUAUCAUGAUGGUUCUGCUGCUCGUCUCGAGGUCGCAAUCGAAUACGCCAAUCGUCAAUAUCGCUCGGGCAAGUUCACAAAGGCAGGUGAUGCGAUCAGUCUGUUCAACCCAGAUGAGUACGAUGGCAAGCCCCUCGACGAUCUCACGAUCAAGGGCUUCUACAUCUUUAUCAUUCAUCCUAACCUCAGAGCAGGCGGCUGUAAUGGCAAAUACAACGACUGCUUUUACGACUGCCUCAAAGCCGCCUAUCCAGACGAGGUGACGGAACACUUUAGCACGCCAUGGAUCUUCAAGCGAUUCUUCAAACUAGAGCGCAACGCCAUGGUGCCACUCAAGCUCCGCAAAGUGAUCGAGAAGAAGCUCAAGAUCUGUAUCAAUGUCAAAGACAAGGAGGGAUCAUUUGAGCCCAAGGGCAUCAUCCUCAAGAGAUACAACGAUGACAGAAUACUCCCAGUAGUGGCGUACAAGUGGGACGACGACAAUGAUCAAGUGCAGAUCUACGAUGGCACCACUCACAGCACAAUGAGCAAGGCAUCACUGGUCGAGGAGCUCAAGAAACAAAAGUUCGAUGCCAAGUGUCGAUACAUCAAAGUAGAGGCUGCCAAGAAGAGGAAGAGCAAGAAGCCCAUCAAGACGCUGGAGGAGACAUGGCUGGACUUUAUCAAAGACGCCGACGCACUCAAAGAAGGUACCAAUGGCAUCAUCGAUUUGUACUUUACAGGAUCAAACAUUAAUAAGGCCGCCCUCAACCUAUUCAGCAAACACAACAAGCAUGUCAUUCCAGAUAUCAUCGAACAAGAGGAAGCCAAGUGGAUAGCCAAGGCAUCGAAUGGACCAUUGAGGUUCGCCGACACAUACAAUGGCCCUCUUUACAAGUACGACGUCUCUGGCAUGUACGCCGCCAUCAUGAGAAGCAGCACAUUCUCAGUCCCGAUUAAGAAAGGCGAGUUCCAUCAAAUGACUAACGAGGAGCUCAGUAAGGCUCCGUGCUCAGUAAGUACAUACCCACAACCCUAUCCAGAGUCUCCACCACCUUACUCUCCUUGGAUAGGAUUGGCCCAACCCAGAUGA